AUGGGGGAGGUGGGGCCUGGGCCAGGCUGGCGCAGCCGCGUGCGGGCGGAGCUGCAGCGGCGGGAGCGGGAGCAGCGCGGGCUGCGGGACCUCGUCCGGACCCGUGAGCGCGCGACGUCACCGCGGGCUUGGCCAUGACGUCAUUUAGGGGCCGUCCGGUUCCCGCCUUGACCCCAUGUCCCUGAACAGACACCGCCGCGUCCCGUGACGUUACGGAGGGGGCGGGGCCGCCUGGAGCCUUCGAUAUUCACUGACGAAGGACCGCCUGGGGCCUGUGAUGUCAUUGCGGAGGCCCCGUGUUGUUCCUCUCGCGUCACUGAGGAGGGACUACCUGGUCCUUGACGUCACUGUAGGGGGAGGGGCCGCCCCUAGCCUAUGACGUCCCUGAAGAGGGACUGCCCAGUUCCUAUGACAUCACGGAGAAGGACCAUCACAGAGAUGCCAUGGAGGAAAGACCACUCGGCUCCCAUGAUGUGCACUGGGGGGUGGGGCCUCCCUGAUCUGGUGCUGCCAAUGAUGUCACCCAGAGGGCAAGGCUGACCCCCCUCACCCAUGCUGGGCUGGGAUGGGAUUGACAUCACUGAAGGGUGGGGCCUCCCUGAUCUGGUGAGGUCACUGAGCUAAAACCGUGGAUGUCCUCACCGCUGGGGCCCACUCUGUCCCCAUGACAUUGGCAUGUCUGCUGCUGUUACCUAGGGGCCAGAGCUGACACCCCCAAUACCCAGAGGAGGUGGUGUACAGUGAUGACACCAAUACGCUGGACUGGUGCCCCAAAAAGUACAUCAAAAGACCCCCUCCCAGGGGACCCAGAGUCCCCACCCCCCAACAGAGAACCCAGGUGUCCCAGCCCCACUCACAGUGGCUCCGUUUCCCACCCUACAGAUGAGAAACUCCUGGAGCGACUGGACCUGCAGAGCCUGCUCGCAGAGAAGCUGCAGCUAGACACGGGAACCCAGGAGUCUGGGGCAGCCCUGGACCUGGCCUCGCUCCGGCUGCAACACGCCCUGGAAGUCUCAGAGCUGCAGCAGGGGAAGGAAGAGCUGGCACAGACAGUUGCUGACCUCAUGGAAGCUCUGACCCGCAGCCAGGCCGAGACUCGGGAGCAGCGAGAGAGGUGUGUUGACCCCACGCCUCCGAAAACCAGGGCUCCCCGCGCCCCGUGCUCACCCCCCAGCCCCCAAUGCUCAGAAACCCCCGGCAACCGGGCUUUGACUCGUCUCCUCCUCAGGGCAGGGCGCUGCGCACGGGCCCUAGCAGCACUGUCAAGUCGGGCGGAGGAGGCCGAGGCACUCGGGGCAGCGCUGGGGGUGGCACAGGAGCAAGUGGCUGCCCUGGAGGCUCGGUGGGUGCGGGAGAAGGCAGCUGAGGCAGCGCGGGUCAACCGGGCCAAUGCCCAGCUGGAGCGGUGAGUGAGCCCAUCCGGGCCCCCAGUCACCCUGCUCUCACCCCCCU